AUUCAUUGUAUUUGUAAUAAUUUGAAGUGAAUAUGAGUACUUCUGUAGCCGACAUCUUUGAAGAUUAUGUAGAAAGCUUGCAAAAUUUACCUUCAGAAAUUGAUCAAAACAUGCAUGAAUUAAGAAGUAUGGAUGAAGAAUUUCAACGAUUUAAAGAAAUCUACUCAAAACAUAAACGCUCAUACACUAGAAUAUGUAAAGCAUUAAAUAAUCAAAAUUCAUCAUCGGAUUCUUCUUCACCGACUACUCUAGCUCAAGCUAGACUCCAACUCGAAAAAGAUUAUAAAUUAGCAGUACAAAAGCAAGAUCAAAAGAUCAGUUUAACAAAGCGAAUGUAUGAUCUUGUUAAUCGACAUAUUGAACGUAUUGAUUCACAAAUGGCUAAAACCGAUAUAAGUGAUUUGGAUUGGCUAGCAGGGAGAAAGCAAGCUAAUUGGACUGAAGAUUGGAAAUUAGAUCAUCAACGCAAAAGACCUUCACCGCAUGGUAUAUUAUCAGCACGAAAAAGAACUCUUCAUUCUUCUCGACCUAAUCCAAUGUUAGAGCAGAAUGGCAUUCUUCCAGAAUUAGAUAUCGACCCAAAUGAACCAAAGUAUUGUUAUUGUAACCAAGUAUCCUAUGGUGAUAUGGUGGCUUGUGAUGGUGAAAGCUGUGAAAAAGAAUGGUUUCAUUAUGCUUGUGUUGGAUUAGCAGAACCACCUGUAGGGAAAUGGUACUGUGAUGAUUGUGCAGUUGAAGAAGGACAUAAGAAAAAGUUAAAACGCUUAUCAAUGGACGAUUAUAAUUUGUUUUAAUAUUUAAAGUUGAUACCAGUAUAUUGAUCCCUUAAGAAAUAAAACUAUGCAUGAUUUGUUUUAGUUAUUCUAAUACA